GCGUUCACAAACUCCCACGUGCGUCUUGUUGCCCGUUGGUGUUGAAUAGCAGCGAUUAGCCCAAAGCUAGCUAAGGCCUUUAGUGUUGUGCUGUCAUCGUGUUUGUCUGUGACAUGAGUCCUCAGUGUGUCUGCGGCGGAGAGCACGUCAAUAGGCUGAAUCAGCAGGUUUCUGUGAUGAGAAAAGAAAUCAAGAAUCUGAGGCAGAUGUUGGACAAUGCGCUGCGAGCGCAUCGUAAACAGAUGACGUCCCUUCAGUCUGCUGUCACACAGGUCGGACUCUGCAACAGAGACGAGACACCAUUAACACCUUCACCAUCACCUCCACCAACAUCCCCGCAGGCAGCGUUAGAGCAAGGAACCAUCCAGACUGCACCGAUUGGUUACAUCAGUUCCUGUUUCUCUGUGAAGAACGGGACCCCCAGACAACCCACCGUUUGUGGACCAUCAAGAGCAGAACUGCGCCUCCAGCAGCACGUCUUCACUAACCCAGAUCACGCUCUGGUGGGUCUGGAGCAAUACUCCCAUGUCUGGAUCAUUUUUCUCUUUCACAAAAACGGGCACCUGAGUUACAAAGCCAAAGUGAAGCCUCCCAGACUGAACGGCCAGAGAGUUGGGGUGUACUCGACACGCAGUCCACAUCGCCCGAACGCCUUGGGCCUAACUUUGGCUAAGUUGGAUAAAAUUGUUGGGGACACUAUACAUCUGUCAGACAUAGACAUGAUUGAUGGGACUCCAGUCCUGGACAUCAAGCCCUACAUUCCUGAGUAUGACUCCCCUCACACCAGGGUUGUCAUGGACUCUGAGCCUUAUGAUUCAAAUCCAAUUACAGAGACGGAGUCAAGUGUCUUAAUCUUUUAUGAAGCCUCAGAAACUGAUUCAGUUCAGUCAAAUGUAAAACAUCAAGGAACUUAUGAUGAUGUGGGGAGGCUUCUUUUCAGGGACACAGCUGAAAAUGUUGUUCCAGUCACACAUUCAUCCAAAGGCAAUGUACAGUCUUCCCUGCCCAAAGACCUGUGUAGUGUUCUGGAAGAGGUUAAGGCCUAUGUGAGCCAAAGCGAUGACAGUUUAAGUAAGGUCCAGGCGUCAUUGUCUCCCCAAAACAAGCCUCCUGAGCCUAAAGUGGACCGGCCGUGCUAUAGAGAAGAGGCCUACAGUACCAUCGCUGGCUGGAUCAGAGAGCCUCCUGUUGUCAGUCUGGAUGUACGCUUCACCUCUCAUGCUCAGAGGGAGUUAGCAGAAUUCCUGCCCUCACACCUGUCAGGGUGCCCUAAAAGCGACAGACCCCAAUUCAAGUUUCUGCGCAGUCCAGAGGAGGCUGCAGCCGCCAUCAGAGGAGUUCUGUCUGCAGACCCACGUUCAGUCUAUAGGAGAACACGCUGCAGAGACAGACUCUUCUUCUUCACCCUUGACACGGCUGACAUCACGUGCUGGUUUGGACAAGGCUUUGCUGAGGUGCUGCAGGUCCGACCUGUUGAGCUCCACGUGGCCUCAAUGUAAAAACAUUUUCAGGGAAAACUUUGAAACUACAUUUACAAUAGUUUGCAGACAAACCGUUUGUAGAAUGUUUCUCCUCUUUCCAUGCAAGUUCACAUACAUUUUGAUCCAUUUUGGUGAUUAAAUAAAGAGUAAAGUUUUGAAAUAAGUUUUUUUUUUUUCCUAUCUCUUGCUCUUGAACAAACUGUAAAGUGAUGUCUGUUGCAGUAUUUCAUUGUCAGGAUUCUACUGACUGAUGAUUCUUCACCUAUAGUGAAAUGUGUGAAUAAAUAAAAUAAUAAAUACACUAGAAAUGUC